AUGUCAAUAAACAGCCGUUUCUGGCUAACGGUUUCCGAGAAAUCACGAGAAUACGAAGAAAGGCUCAUAUUUGGUCGUGACCAAAUGAUCGAUCAUAGAUCAACACUGGCAACUCCAAAUCUUGCCAAUUCCAUUUACACGCACCAGGAUCCGCUUGAACCCACCCCCAAGCCAAAGCGGCGCCGGGGUAACCUCCCAAAAGCCACGACAGCCCUUCUCAAAGACUGGCUCGCGCAACAUCGCAAGCACCCCUACCCGACCGAAGAGGAGAAGGUCGGAUUGAGCCGACAAACACGAUUGAGCCUACAACAGAUAUCGAAUUGGUUCAUUAAUGCUCGCAGGCGUCAUUUGCCCCAUUUAUUGGAGGCAAAUGACUUCACCUCACAAAAUAAUGAGUUGGACAUAUUCCCCUACGAAGCUUCAGGGAAUUCCACAGGUAAUUUAUCAGAUCAAUAA